AGCUGACCCCUCCCAAGGGGCAGGCGUAGGGCUCGGAGGUGGGCGGAAGCCAAGCCACCCAGAAGGGAGCUGCUCCUGCCGGCUCCGAUUGCCCUGCACUGUGCUCUCUCUGAGGGCUCUACUCAAGACUGUCCAGCGACAGAAGCUCGAUCUCAGCUCCAUCUUCAUCUUCUCAAGGGCACCUUGCAGCCAUCCAACUAUCAGUGGGAAACUGAGGCAAAGAGAAAUGACCACUUGGGACCAGGGUCCUGGCUCCCUAGACUGGGUCACUGCACCCUUCUUGCAGCCUGGGCGGUCCCAGAGCAGGUGAGCGGAACUCUGGCCCACCUCCCCCUUCAGCGGGGCCAAGCCUGAACCCAGGCGUCGGGGGAGAGGGUGUGUGUGUGCGCUGGGAGGAGGGGGAGCGGCUGGGCUCCCCGGGUCAUGGCGGGGGGUGCGAGGAGUGGGGUGGGGAUGCCCCGGGCUCGGGGAGGGGCCGCAGCUCUGUCAGCCGCGGCAGAGCCGCCGGUGAGCUCGGCGCGAGUAGAGCCAGAGCCCCCAGUUCUUUGCUCGCCCGCCUGCUAGCUUUCUCGAUCACUCCCUCCCUUCCUCCCUCCCUUCCUCCCGGCGGCCGCGGCGGCGCUGGGGAAGCGGCGAAGAGGAGUGGCCCUGCCCUGGAAGAAUGCGGCUCUGCCGAGGGGGCAGAACCCGACGCAGUCUCCCCACGGUUUGAACAGCCCGAGCCCAGGCUACCCAACCGCGCCAGUGGCGGACUCUGCACGAGAGCAGCUGGAGGCCCUGAUCGAUCUGCCCACCGGGGCCUUCGGGCCCGGGAUUCGACAUGCGGGAGGAGCCGCGGCCGCGGCCUCCGCCCUCGGGCCUCGCGGGUCUCCUGUUCCUGGCUUUGUGCAGUCGGGCCCUAAGCAAUGAGAUUCUGGGUCUGAAGCUGCCCGGCGAGCCGCCGCUGACGGCCAACACCGUAUGCUUGACGCUGUCGGGCCUGAGCAAACGGCAGUUAGGCCUGUGCCUGCGCAGCCCCGACGUGACGGCGUCCGCGCUUCAGGGCCUGCACAUCGCGGUCCACGAGUGUCAGCACCAGCUGCGUGACCAGCGCUGGAACUGCUCGGCGCUCGAGGGCGGCGGUCGCCUGCCGCACCACAGCGCCAUCCUCAAGCGCGGUUUCCGAGAGAGCGCUUUUUCCUUCUCCAUGCUGGCUGCUGGGGUCAUGCAUGCGGUAGCCACGGCCUGCAGCCUGGGCAAGCUGGUGAGCUGCAGCUGCGGCUGGAAGGGCAGUGGCGAGCAGGAUCGGCUGAGGGCCAAACUGCUGCAGCUGCAGGCACUGUCCCGGGGCAAGAGUUUUCCCCACUCCCUGCCCAGCCCGGGCCCCGGCUCAGGCCCCAGCCCUGGCCCCCAGGACACAUGGGAAUGGGGUGGCUGUAACCAUGACAUGGACUUUGGAGAGAAGUUCUCUCGGGAUUUCUUGGAUUCCAGGGAAGCUCCCCGGGACAUCCAGGCACGAAUGCGAAUCCACAACAACAGGGUGGGGCGUCAGGUGGUAACUGAAAACUUGAAGCGGAAAUGCAAGUGUCAUGGCACAUCAGGCAGCUGCCAGUUCAAGACGUGCUGGAGGUCAGCCCCAGAGUUCCGGGUGGUAGGGGCGGCCUUGAGGGAGCGGCUGGGCCGGGCCAUCUUCAUUGAUACUCACAACCGCAACUCUGGAGCCUUUCAACCCCGCCUUCGUCCCCGUCGCCUCUCAGGAGAACUGGUCUACUUUGAGAAGUCUCCUGACUUCUGUGAGCGAGACCCCACCAUGGGCUCCCCAGGCACGCGGGGCCGGGCCUGCAACAAGACCAGCCGCCUGCUGGACGGCUGUGGCAGCCUGUGCUGUGGCCGCGGCCACAACGUGCUCCGGCAGACACGAGUUGAGCGCUGUCAUUGCCGCUUCCACUGGUGCUGCUACGUGCUAUGCGAUGAGUGCAAGGUCACAGAAUGGGUCAACGUGUGUAAGUGAGGGUCAGCCUCACUGAGGGGCUGGGGAAGGGGAGGGGCACCCUUGCAGCCUUUUGCUCUGAUUUCUAUCCAGGGUCAAUCUUGGCCCCUGGAAGCUCAAAGUAUCUACCUAGAAACAGCUUUGGGGGUGGUAGGGGUCAGGUGGAGUCUGUGAUGUGUGGCCUUCUCCCCCACAGUAGGAGGGCCUUGAGGGGGAGCUGUCACCCUCUUCUGCUCCUCGAACAUCCGAAUGGACUAAGAUGAGAUGAACUGUAUUGCCCCCCUCUACCCAACCUGGGGUCCCUUUAACUCUCAUUCACACUCCUUUUGGCUGGGGAGUCCCUAUAGUUUGACCACUCUUUCCUCUUGAGGGAUAGCCCUAGGCAUUGUGUGGGGCCAUAAGACCUGUAUCCAGGAGACCACUCUCUCCUAUUUGCUUGUUCCUAAGCUCCUUUACUGCAGCCUGGGCCCCCUCUUAGCAAGUAAUGGGAGAUGGUUGUAGAGAGGUUUUUCUUAGGGAAGGGACAGAGCACAGGGCACUCAAAAACCCUGAAAGUUGUCUGUCUAGGCCCUUAGGGAAGCUGUCUCCCCAAUUCAGAUGUUAAAGGGAACCCUCCAAAGGAAGAAUUUUACCUAAGAUUCUCUGAGCCUCUUCUUCUUUCUUCAGCAGUGGGGGUGGGAAUGGAUAAUUUAUUGUACCGAGACUUGUUCUUGGUUCUUGUUUGUAACAAAAAUAAAUUAAGUAACUGAACCAGUGAAUACAGAUGGUGAUAUUUCUACCCACACUUGGGAUCCCAGUCCUGGAUUCUUUGCCGGGUGAUUUCUCCUACCCUCCCACA